AUCAGCGUGGAGAGCAAGCACCAGACCCUGCAGGGCCUCACCUUCCCACUGCAGCCGGCAGCCCAGAGGGCACUUCAGCAGCUCAAACAGAAGACCAUCAACUACAUCCAGCUGAAGCUGGACCUGGAGCGGGAGACCAUUGAGCUGGUGCACACAGAGCCCACGGAAGUGGCCCAGCUGCCCUCGAGGGUGCCCCGAGAUGCUGCCCGCUACCACUUCUUCCUCUACAAGCACACCCAUGAGGGUGACCACCUUGAGUCUGUGGUGUUCAUCUACUCGAUGCCGGGGUACAAGUGCAGCAUCAAGGAGCGCAUGCUCUAUUCCAGCUGUAAGAGUCGCCUCCUCGACUCCGUGGAGCAGGACUUCCAGCUGGAGAUCUCCAAGAAGCCUACACUGUGGGAAGGGUCUGCGAGCUCCAGGCAUUCUUCUCUGCCAUCGCUGCCCAGUCUGCCAUCCAGACCCUCUGGAGAAGCCCCCACUCCCUGUCAUGGGCCCCUGCUGUGGCGCCCUGCACCCCCUGUCUCUCCUGGUGCAGGCUGCCGCGCUAGCCGUGGCCCUGGCCCAGGGCACCCUGCCUGCCUUCCUGCCCUGUGAGCUCCAGCGCCACGGCCUGGUGAAUUGCGACUGGCUGUUCCUCAAGUCCGUGCCCCACUUCUCGGCAGCAGCGCCCCGUGGUAACGUCACCAGCCUUUCCCUGUACUCCAACCGCAUCCACCACCUCCACGACUCCGACUUUGUCCACCUGUCCAGCCUGAGGCGUCUCAACCUCAAAUGGAACUGCCCACCCGCCAGCCUUAGCCCCAUGCACUUCCCCUGUCACAUGACCAUUGAGCCCCACACUUUCCUGGCCGUGCCCACCCUGGAGGAGCUGAACCUGAGCUACAACAGCAUCACGACAGUACCUGCCCUGCCCAGUUCCCUCGUGUCCCUGUCCUUGAGCCGCACCAACAUCCUGGUGCUGGACCCUGCCAACCUCGCAGGGCUGCACUCCCUGCGCUUCCUGUUCCUGGAUGGCAACUGCUACUACAAGAACCCCUGCCCGCAGGCCCUGCAGGUGGCCCCGGGCGCCCUCCUUGGCCUGGGCAACCUUACGCACCUGUCACUCAAGUACAACAACCUCACUGCGGUGCCCCGUGGCCUGCCCCCCAGCCUGGAGUACCUGCUAUUGUCCUACAACCACAUCAUCACCCUGGCACCUGAGGACCUGGCCAACCUGACCGCCCUGCGUGUGCUCGAUGUGGGUGGGAACUGCCGUCGCUGUGACCACGCCCGCAACCCCUGUACGGAGUGCCCCAAGGGCUUCCCGCACCUGCACCCUGACACCUUCAGCCACCUGCGCCACCUCGAAGGCCUGGUGUUGAAGGACAGCUCUCUCUACAACCUGAACCCCAGAUGGUUCCAUGCCCUGGGCAACCUCAUGGUGCUGGACCUGAGUGAGAACUUCCUAUACGACUGCAUCACCAAAACCACAGCCUUCCAGGGCCUGGCCCAGCUGCGCAGACUCAACUUGUCUUUCAAUUACCACAAGAAGGUGUCCUUUGCCCACCUGCAUCUGGCGCCCUCCUUCGGGAGCCUGCUCUCCCUGCAGCAGCUGGACAUGCACGGCAUCUUCUUCCGCUCGCUUAGCGAGACCACGCUCCAGUCGCUGGCCCACCUGCCCAUGCUCCAGAGUCUGCACCUGCAGAUGAACUUCAUCAAUCAGGCCCAGCUCAGCAUCUUCGGGGCCUUCCCUGGCCUGCGAUACGUGGACCUGUCAGACAACCGCAUAAGUGGAGCCAUGGAGCUGGCGGCUGCCACGGGGGAGGUGGAUGGUGGGGAGAGAGUCCGGCUGCCAUCUGGGGACCUAGCUCUGGGCCCACUGGGCACCCCUAGCUCUGAGGGCUUCAUGCCAGGCUGCAAGACCCUCAACUUCACCUUGGACCUGUCACGGAACAACCUAGUGACAAUCCAGCCAGAGAUGUUUGCCCGGCUCUCGCGCCUCCAGUGCCUGCUCCUGAGCCGCAACAGCAUCUCGCAGGCAGUCAACGGCUCACAAUUUAUGCCGCUGACCAGCCUGCAGGUGCUGGACCUGUCCCAUAACAAGCUGGACCUGUACCAUGGGCGCUCUUUCACGGAGCUGCCGCGGCUGGAGGCCCUGGACCUCAGCUACAACAGCCAGCCCUUCAGCAUGCAGGGCGUGGGUCACAACCUCAGCUUUGUGGCACAGCUGCCGGCCCUGCGCUAUCUCAGCCUGGCGCACAACGACAUCCACAGCCGUGUGUCCCAGCAGCUCUGCAGCGCCUCGCUGCGGGCCUUGGACUUCAGCGGCAAUGCCUUGAGCCGGAUGUGGGCCGAGGGAGACCUGUAUCUCCGCUUCUUCCGAGGCCUGAGGAGCCUGGUCCGGUUGGACCUGUCCCAGAAUCGCCUGCAUACCCUCUUGCCACGCACCCUGGACAACCUUCCCAAGAGCCUGCGGCUGCUGCGUCUCCGUGACAAUUAUCUGGCUUUCUUCAACUGGAGCAGCCUGGUCCUCCUCCCCAGGCUGGAAGCCCUGGACCUGGCAGGAAACCAGCUGAAGGCCCUGAGCAACGGCAGCUUGCCUAACGGGACCCAGCUCCAGAGGCUGGACCUCAGCAGCAACAGCAUCAGCUUCGUGGCCUCCAGCUUUUUUGCUCUGGCCACAAGGCUGCGAGAGCUCAACCUCAGUGCCAACGCCCUCAAGACAGUGGAGCCCUCCUGGUUCGGUUCUCUAGCGGGCACCCUGAAAGUCCUAGAUGUGACUGGCAACCCCCUGCACUGCGCCUGUGGGGCGGCCUUCGUGGACUUCUUGCUGGAGGUGCAGGCUGCAGUGCCCGGCCUGCCCAGCCACGUCAAGUGUGGCAGUCCAUGUCAGCUCCAGGGCCGCAGCAUCUUUGCGCAGGAUCUGCGCCUCUGCCUGGAUGAGGCCCUCUCCUGGGACUGUUUUGGCCUCUCACUGCUGACCGUGGCCCUGGGCCUGGCCGUGCCCAUGCUGCACCACCUCUGUGGCUGGGACCUCUGGUACUGCUUCCACCUGUGCCUGGCCUGGCUGCCCCGGCGGGGGCGGCGGCGGGGCGCGGAUGCCCUGCCCUACGAUGCCUUUGUGGUCUUCGACAAGGCACAGAGCGCGGUGGCCGACUGGGUGUACAACGAGCUGCGGGUACGGCUAGAGGAGCGCCGUGGACGCCGAGCGCUCCGCCUGUGCCUGGAGGAACGUGACUGGCUACCCGGUAAAACGCUCUUUGAGAACCUGUGGGCCUCAGUUUACAGCAGCCGCAAGAUGCUGUUUGUGCUGGCCCACACAGACAGGGUCAGCGGCCUCUUGCGCGCCAGCUUUCUGCUGGCCCAGCAGCGCCUGCUGGAGGACCGCAAGGACGUUGUGGUGCUGGUGAUCCUGCGCCCCGACGCCCACCGCUCCCGCUAUGUGCGGCUGCGCCAGCGCCUCUGCCGCCAGAGCGUCCUCCUCUGGCCCCACCAGCCCAGUGGCCAGCGCAGCUUCUGGGCCCAGCUGGGCACGGCCCUGACCAGGGACAACCAGCACUUCUAUAACCAGAACUUCUGCCGGGGCCCCACGACGGCAGAGUGACCGCCCAGCACCCCAAGCCUCCUACACCUUGCCUGUCUGCCUGGGAUGCCGGGCCUGCUGGCCCUGCAACACCACCGCUCUGCCUCCCCAACUCCCACCCCUGGCAUAUAGCAGAUGCUCAAUAAAUGCUACUAGUAGGCUGAA